AUGAAUGUGGAAGUUAAGAAAAAGAUGGGAAGACUAAUAUGUACUUUCCUGUGUAAGAUCGGAAUUAUUGGUGGAACUGGCCUGGAUGAUCCGGAUAUCUUAGAAGGAAGAACAGAAAAAUAUGUUGAUACUCCUUAUGGCAAGCCAUCAGAUGCUUUGAUAUUGGGAAAGAUAAAAAAUGUGGACUGUGUGCUGUUGGCAAGACAUGGAAGGCAUCAUACAAUUACGCCAUCAAACGUAAAUUACCGUGCCAAUAUCUGGGCCUUAAAAGAAGAAAAUUGUUCGCAUGUAUUAGUGACUACUGCCUGUGGUUCAUUACGAGAGGAAAUACAACCUGGUGAUCUUGUCAUAAUUGACCAGUUCAUUGACUGGACAAGUAAAAGACAUUGUACUUUAUACGACGGGCAGCAUUCCGCUCUUCCAGGCGUAUGUCAUAUUCCAAUGGCAGAGCCAUUCUGCACGAAAACCAGAGAGGUUCUUAUUGAGACUGCCAAGAAGCUUGGGCUCCAGUGUCAUUGUAAGGGGACAAUGAUCACAAUCGAAGGCCCACGUUUUAGUUCUCGAGCAGAAAGCUUGAUGUUUCGCAGCUGGGGAGCUGAUGUUAUCAACAUGACCACAGUGCCUGAAGUGAUUCUUGCGAGAGAAGCUGGAAUGAGUUAUGCUAGUAUUGCCAUGGCAACAGAUUACGACUGCUGGAAGGAACACGAAGAAGCAGUUUCAGUGGAUAAAGUUUUAAAGACGCUGAAAGGGAAUACAAAUAAGGCUACUAGCAUACUCCUUACUGCUAUACCUCAGAUAGGUUCCAUGGACUGGACUGACACCCUGCACACCCUGAAAACAGCAGUGCAGUGUUCGGUCAUCCUGCCAAAGCAGUAACAACCUGGAUGGACCUUGAGUGCUCACAAGGAAGAGUGUAUCACUUUCAAACUUCCAGAGGUUAUAAUAUCUUCAAAAAUGGUUACAGGCGUAAAAGAAUGGAGUAAAUGUUGACCAAUGAUAAUGUGUAAGACUGUUUUUAGAAGCUUUAUCAUGCUUGAUAAUGUUUAAGAUGGCUAAAGUUAGAUUUUUACUAUGUUUUAAACUUGCAAUAGCUUUACUGUCAAGCUGGAUCAGACAAUGGCUGCAGGAAAAAAGUCUCUAUUCAGUGGUACCUUUUAGUUGAUGGAAGAAAGGAAAGGCUAGAUAAUCCUUUGUUGCUGUUUCAUAAAAUAAGACCUAAGAAAUUUGCUUUGCUAUUUCUGCCGCCCAUCUUUUCCUUCAACAAGGUAAAUGGUUACAAUUCACUUCAGAAAGGUACAAGAAAAACUUUCAAAAUAAGAUUAUGCUAUUUUUUAUACGUUAUCCAUAUUUUUUAUUUCAAUUAUUUUUUUUUAAAAAAGCAGGAGGUUUUUUUGUUUAUGUGCUAGAAAGCAUGGUUUAAUAAUUGUGGCGGUUCUUUCACAGCACAAUUGUGUAAUGAAUGAAUGUUUUCAUUAAAAAACAUAGGUAAUGCCUAAGCCAAAUUUGUGCCUGAAGAUGUACUUUUGUGACUUACAGAACUAUACAGAAAAGUACUUUGCUCCUGAACACUCUGAUGGCCUUUUGCUGCUUCAUUGAUCUGAACAACUCUGGUUUUAGUUUCUGUUUUACGUGAUGAAUGUGCUUGAGUGCUUUGAAUGUAUGCAUUUCAUUUUUUAGUACAAUUUGACUUCAGUGUCUUAGAACUUAAGGUUCUAAGUCCCUGAAACAACAGGGACUGCUGAGUGAGAAGUGGAUCAGAAUGCAAUCCAAGCCAAGCAAAGGAAAGAUCAGAAACAUGACAGGUACAGAUUCUCUCAGUAAUGUAAAAAAAAAAAAACCAAAAAAACCCAAACAAACAAACAAAAAAACCCAAAACAGAAAUUAGUCCAAAGGAAAAUAAAAAAGCAGGUACAUAAGCUUUUUAGCUUGCUUGUCUUGUUCUGUUAGACACCCAGUCUCCUUCUAUGAAAGACUUCAGAUUUGGACAUAUUCUCCGUACCAAAACAGUACAGGUGCUUUUCAGAUACUGGGGAAAGUAGCUUAACCAACUUUCCAUAUUUUCUGGUAUUUUUUUUAAAGAACUUAGAUUGCAGGAGACAGAGCUUGAAGCUUGAGAGGAAGAAGGCUACAGAUUUAAUGUGCCUUUUACUACCAAAUCAGAUGGCUGGCCUUAAAAAUGGUUUUCAUUGUUGUUAUCUUUGCCCCCUAGACAGUUCUAGUGAAAUGCAUUGGAGCCAUAAAAUUCAUACUUGGAUGUUCUAAAAGAAAGUUGUUUCUGGGUUUCCAUUUUCAGUACCCCUUGGGUGUUUUUUUUACAUACCAUAGUAACAUAUAAACUUAAUUGUUCUGUUAAUUUUCUUGUUUUAUAUACUGAGUACUUACACUGCCACAGGACAGUAUGGCUCAGAGCAGGUCCAUAGUUAGUGGGUUUUGUUAGACAUUUCUGAUACAAAUUCUUCAUCGUCAUGUGCAAGGCUAGAUGAUGAUGCUAGGUAAGGAUAGGAGUUCACUGGCUGGCCAUGUCCAAAGAGUUACAGUCGAUAGUUCAAUGUCCAAGUGGAAACCAGUAACAAGUGGUAUUCCUCAACGGUCUGUACUGGGACCAGUACUGUGCAAUAGCUUCAUCAAUGAUGUAAGAUAGUGAGAUUGAGCUUGUGGAUGACACCAAGCUGAGUGGUGCAGUUGACACACCUGAGGGAAGGAAUGCCAUCCAGAGGGACCUGGACAG